AUGGCGGCGCAGCAGCAGCAGGAGCAGGCACGGAGCACGAGGCAGGCCGUGCCGGCGCGGUCGAGGGUGGCGAUCAUCGGCGGCGGCAUCAGCGGCCUCGCGGCGGCGAAGCAGCUGGCGGCGCACGACCCCGUGGUGUUCGAGGCGACGGCGUCCAUCGGCGGGGUGUGGAAGCACUGCGUGUACCGGUCGACCCGGCUGCAGACGCCCCGCCCCGACUACGAGUUCUCCGACUACUCGUGGCGCAACCGCGACGACCCCACGUUCCCGACGCACGCCGAGAUCAUCGAGUACCUGGAGGGCUACGCAGACACCUUCGGCCUGUGGCGCUACAUCAUGCUCGGCGCCAAGUACUACCAGUUCGAGUUCGUGGUGAUGUGCGCGGGCAAGUACGGCGACGUGCCGCGGAUGCCGGUGUUCCCGCCGGGCAAGGGGCCGGAGGUGUUCCGGGGGCAGGUGAUGCACUCCCUGGACUACUGCAAGCUCAGCGAGGAGGAGACGGUGGAGCUGAUGAGGGGGAAGAAGGUGGUGGUCGUCGGGUACAAGAAGAGCGCCAUCGAUCUAGCGCUUGAAUGCGCCCAGGCCAACCAAGGUGCGGAGGCAGGCGAGGCUUGCACCAUGCUGGUGAGGACCCUUCACUGGGUGGUGCCGUCCUACUCCAUCUGGGGCCUGCCCUUCUUCCUCUUCUACUCCACCCGCCUGGCGCAGUUCCUGUACGAGCGCCCCAACCAGGGCCUCCUCCGCUCCAUGCUCUGCACACUCAUGAAACCGCUGAGAGCGGGCGUGUCCAAGUUCAUCGAGUCCUACCUGGCGUGGAAGCUCCCGCUGGACAAGUACGGCCUCCGCCCGGACCACCCCUUCGUGGAGGACUACGCCAGCUGCCAGAUGGCCAUCCUCCCCGACGGCUUCUUCGACAUGGCGGACCGGGACAUGAUCCGCUUCAAGAGGGCCUCCGGCGGCUGGUGCUUCUCCCGCAACGGCGUCCUCCUCGACGACGGCACCGAGGUGGAGGCCGACCUCGUCUUCCUCGCCACCGGAUUCGAGGGCAAGGACAAGGUCCGCGCCGUCCUGCCGGAACCCUUCCGCGGCCUCGCCGUCGACAGGUCCGGCAUGAUGCCGCUCUACCGCGGCACCAUCCACCCUCUGAUCCCGAACAUGGCGUUCGUGGGAUACGUGGAGAGCGUGUCCAACCUGCACACGUCGGAGCUGCGCUGCCGCUGGCUGGCGGGGCUGCUCGGCGGCCGGUUCGCGCUGCCCAGCGUGGAGGACAUGGUGCGGCACGUCGACGGCGAGGCGGAGGCCAUGCGCCGCACCACGCGCUUCUACCGCCGCCACUGCAUCUCCACCUACAGCAUCCACGACAGCGACGCCAUGUGCGCUGACCUCGGCUCCAGGGUUCUCCGCAAGGGCAACUGGCUCGCCGAGCUCUUCGCGCCCUACAACAACCAGGACUACAAGGAAGACUGA